AUGGCCAAGGUGAGAACAGAGAGAGACCGAGAAGGUGACGUGGCCCUAAUCAUGGGAGUGACUCUAUUUCACCCCUCUAUCCUUAAGGUCCGGCUGCCGAAAUACUUUGACAAGCCAACAGACAUGAGAUACGACAGAACCCAAGACCCUCAGGAGCACCUGAUGGCCUUUGAGACCAGGAUAAACCUUGAGGGUGUCGGCAAUGCAGUGAGGUGUCGUGUUUUCUCCGUGACCUUGGCAAGACCGGCAAUCUGGUGGUUCAAUGCACUUCCACAGGGGUCCAUUAUGAGCUUCUCAGACAUAACUCACAAUUUUUUAGCGCAAUUCACCACACGCAUCGCCAAAGCCAAACAUCUCAUUAACCUUUUAGGGAUCACCCAAAGAGCCGGUGAACCGACCAGGAAAUUCCUCGACAGAUUCAACGACAAGUGCCUGGAAAUUGACGGGUUGACCAACUCAGUGGCUAGUCUGUGUCUCACGAACGGGUUAUUAAACAAAGAUUUUAGGAAGCAUCUCACCACCAAGCCUGUAUGGACCAUGCAAGAGAAAUAG